UCUAACGACCGCGUCGCUAACAACGAUCGGCCCUCCCCAAGUCCAUUACAUCCCAUUAUCCAUUCAGAACGAGCUCAAAAUGUCGGACUCGGACGAGUCUGAGCCUAUUGGUUACCUCGCUGAGCAACCCGACAACUUCGGCUCGGAUGUUUCUGAUGACGCCGACGAGAUUGAUGAAGGCUCUAGCUCCGAGCCUGGUUCGCAGUCUGAAUCAGAGUCGGGCUCUGACGACUCACCCAACGACGUCUUCGACUUGGAGGCAAUAGACUCGGACGAUGAAAACAGUGAGGACUCGGAUGAAAUCGAUGAUGAAGACGACAGACGGCGGCUUGACCCGCGGUCAGACGACCACUCCUUCCCGCACUUCAUGCGCCUCCCGCUGGAGCUGCGCAUUCGAAUCUGGGAAUAUUUCUGCCCCGACCUCACGGCCGAGUCUCGCGUCUACUGGUUCUCUCUCAUGGGCGGCAUGUUUCUCAACAAACAGGGCAGAUAUGAGGACCCGGUGGUAUACGAUGGCCAGUUCCUGGAACAGCAAACUCGAGCCGCCCGUGCCAUGUUGGCUGUCCACCACCAGAGCCGCCACCUGGCACUGAAGGCUUUCCCUGACUCUCUUUCCUUUGGCAGACGCGGCCGCAACGUCCUCCGGUUCAACUCGCACAAAGACAUUGUGGUGGUGGGCUUCAGCGAUGUGUUGGCCAAGACAGCCAUGCCCCGGAUUCGGGGCUUUUCCAAGCACAUCCGUCACCUGGCUCUCGAGUCGGAUGUACUGGCCGACCAUCAUUGCCGCUUGUCGCCGCUCCUUGACAACUUCGAGAACCUCACGGCAGUCUAUUACGUCCAUGAUCAAGCCGAUUUCCGGUCACGACACCUGCGCUGGUGCAUGACCGAUUUGGCGAAGCGAUACUCCGUCACCACAUUCGAGGAGCAGCCUGGUCUCGGCGAGGAAGCCCAGCAUACGUACUGCUGGCCCGACGUCGACAAGCAUGGGCUGCUUGUCGCCAAGGAUGUCCCGCUGGACGGGUUGGCCGACGAUUUGACGAAGAUCUACUACGAGAUCAAGGGGGCGAAACACAAGAGACGUCCGGUCUGGCCCUUGGUCCAGUUUCUUUACGGGUCCUCCAACCUGCCGUAUCUUCCCUGGGAGUCAUCCGAUCAAGAGGAAGACGACGAGGAAGAACCAGAUGAGUAUGAAAGCGAGGGGAUCGACGACUCGGAUAUCAGCGAUGAUGAUGACGGCAGUGACGACUCGGAUGACCAUGACUUGCAUGUGUUGGAUGGAGAAGAGUUGGACCCAAAUUUGGACCCGAAAUGGGACCCAGAACUAAACCCGACUGGCUCCGAUAUCGAGCCACAUAUCGAUAUCCCAACAGGUGCCAGACCCCGGGCCAGUAUCCUCGAUCACACUGCGGAUCUCGACCAUCUUGACCCACCCUACGAUAGCAAUGCCGGGUUCUCCAGCCCGGAGCAGUCAUCUACAACGUUGCAAGGAUCAGACAACGAUGAGUCCGCCAGCGAAUCCGACCAAGCACCUCGCACGUCAAAGCUAAAACGACCGAGAGGGCGAGUCGUCGCGUCUGACUCGGAAGAUGACUCGGACGACGAUGGCCUUCUUCGCAAACGAGCACGCACCGAGAAUCGCGGUGCCCCCAUCGUAUUGUCCAGUGACGACGAGGAAACUGAAGUCUGGACGAUGCCGGCAAAUGGCCGAGUUCGAGCGGUCAUUGCAGAGGAUUCAGACGAGGAGGACGAGGACGAGGACGAGGAUACGGACGAGGUUACGGACAACCGGCCUGUUAUUUCCAGUUCUGAUGAGGAGGAUGAGGAUUCCGAAGAAGCUGCCGUCGUCUCCAAACCAUUGUCCCUCGCCGAGAAGCUGCAGCUACAUCGCGAAAGAAACCCCAUUCCCCCGUCCGACGACGGGAAUUCCGACAUUGAAGAGCAGCGCGGUGAUGACUACAGUGCCCGGGACUAUGGGGAUUUCCAGGACGAUGAUGAAGGCAGUGAGGCUUCGGAAAGGGGGGAAGACGAUGACGAGCAAGAGCAGUUCCUGGAUGACGAUGAUGACGAUGAGGAGGACUACGAAGCCUGAUACGCCGCCCGGCUUCACUGAGUCUUCCUAGGGGUGGAGAGACGGCUUGCCUACUAUCGAUAGAUGGAUACCAAACGGUGACAGCUGCUUCAGAACUUGAAAGGGUUGGGCAUUCCUUACCGUCGGCAAGUAAUAUGUUCAAGACCAACAUCACUGGGAACCAUAACAAUACCAAGACCACUUUGAACAACACCAGAGCAAUUACCCGUGUCGCACAACAAGGCACCAGCUCACCGCCACACAACUUUCAGGAGUGUUGCCCAGCAAUUGGUCUAGCUAGCUAGACAUGUGCGGUAUGUUUUCUGUCCCUGCUAGACAGAAUACCGCCACAUCCAACU